AAAUUUUCGAAAUUUUAUAUCCGAAAAAGUCAUACCCCAUGUUAAUUUUUGGAUGUAAAAUUCGGAUGUAAAUUUACAUGGAGUAUGAUUUUUUUCUAUGUAAAUUUUCAAAUGCAAAAUUUCUCACAACUUUUUUGAAAGUUUGAUUGUGCUCCCUAACUCAAAAUCUAUGCGUUCGCCAUUGCUGGAUUGGACACCUAUAAAUGGAGAUGAAGAAAUAACUUUGGCCUACUGUUGCCUCACUCAUCUCAUCCAAAUCAAGCAAGCGAGAAGGAAAGUGACAAUAGCCUAGACGUUCCCAAGCUAAUUUUGCCACUGCCAAGAAGUUGGGUGUUACUUGUGUGAAAAUACGUUGCUUAUGCGUUUUCAUGAAGGACGCCGAGUCACGUCUGCUAUCAUAUGCCAUCAUCAUCUAGCGCCGCCAAUAGCCAUUCAGUUUAUAUCUCUUUAGGCCUCGCUGGAAAAAAAAAAUUGUCUAUCCAAACAUCACCCAAAGACAUCCUGCCAGCAGUGUCGGACAGUCUGGUCAAUCUAAUCCUAGUUUUGGAACUGCCAAGAAGUUGGGUGCUACUGCUACUUGUGUGAAAAUACGCUGCUUAUGUGUUUCCAUGAAGGACCGCAAGUCAAUUGAGCUGUUAUAUGCCAUCAUCAUCUAGAGGUUAUCUUGACCUGGGGUCCAAUGACCAUUCAGUUUAUGCAUAUCUUUGGGCCUCCCUGGAAAAAAAAAAAAAAAUUCCUAUCCAAACACCACCCUAAGACAUCCCGUCAACAGUGUCAGACAGUCUGGUCAAUCCAGUCCUAACUGGAUGAGACGCCAAUCUUUCCAAACUGCAGCAAAAGACCGUAUGGGUUGCAAGCUCCUCCUUGCCAUUGGCCCAGCCUAGGAGAUAGUGAAUCAAAAUGCGUCUGGGAUAAAAUGGUUGUCUAUGAAGCGUUCAUCAGUCAAUGUGGUUGCGAACAGACUUUUUAAACAGCUGUGUCUGAGAAUGUUUCCUCAUAUUUCCGAUCUUCGAUUCAUUCGACCAAAUAAUGAAUCAUUAUCAGUGGAUGUUGAAACUAGCAACCCGAUGGAAUGGAAGAUUCUUGAGAGGGAUCAUAAAGCUUAUGCUUCUCUAAUUCAGGCCUUCACAAAGUCUAAAGAUAAUCCAAAGGAUUGCAUAGCGUGUGUAAUUGGUGCUUCCAGCACAGAUCGUGAUCCAGAAGAAAGUGUAGUUCAUACUCUUUUUCCUAUCGACAGAUAUAUGUGGGGAGGCUCAUACUGGUCAAGUAAAGGACAGACCAACCCUGAUGUGCCUGAGACGUUAAUAUACAAAUUAAUUUCUGAUGUUUGUGUUGUUACUGAAAUUGAUAUACGACCUUUUGCUGUCUAUUGGGAGCCUGGAAGUCCCGUUUACUCAGCGAAGUCUGUGCGAUUCCGAAUGGGUCAUCUCAAAUCCCCAAGGAAGAAUGGGAUAGAUUUCUGGCAUUUACCGUUGCAACAACCUGCUGAAGACAAGUUUAUAUGGUCAUACACUUCACCAGAGUUCCCAAUGACACAGGAAAAUCAUCUGCAGCAAUUCAAGCUACCAGAACCUGUUCUUUGCAUUGGUGGAUGUUUGCAGAUCGAACUGUUGGGGAGGGCUCAGAGAGAAGAAAUCGACGGAUUAUUCUAUAUAUGUGUGUGUUAUGUUCGGGUUCUGGGACGUCCCCUGAGUCCUGCAUUUGAAUUACAGGGCCUUGAAAAAUCUGGAGACUUGCAACUGAAGUAUAAUCCUGAGGCUUUCCAUUCUGUUCUGAAAAGUUUUUCUCAUGAAGAGGAGACGGAUACAGCUGAACCAGAAGAAGGGGCACGGUGGGAGCACGUCCGUCAACUGGAGAAUUUGUUGCAGAUACAGAGUAUCCCCAGCCAUCAAUUUGUAUGGAAUGAUGAUGAGGAUUAAUUGGAUGAAUAUCUCAUUCUGCAAUAUAGUUACAUCUGUAUUGACUGGAUAAAUAUUAUGUCACACCCAUCUGAUUUAAUAAAAUAUCGACGCUCUUCUAUGAUAAUGAAACCUACGAAUGCAUUCAGUUUUGGCAA